AUGAGAAUAUAAUCUUGUUGGUUGCUUUGCCCGCCAACCAUUCAAUCCCCUCGCCGCUGAUCGCCACGCCCCGAGGUUUCUCGGCGACCUCCGCCACCAUGGACGACGACCAGAGCAGACAACAACAAGACUGGCUCAACAGCCGCCAGAAUAGGCUACCCUCUUUCACAGAGGUCCUCUCUAGAAGGACGCGACCACCUGUGGAUUUAUUCAUGUUUUAUCUUUUCCUCCAACGCGAAGGUGCAGAAGACAUCCUGGAUUUCUGGUUGGAUGUUCAGCAACACGAGAACCUUUGCAGGGCAUAUUUUAAAGAUGUCCGAAAGUCAGGCCGGACAAUCAAAGAUGAUUGGCCUCAGUACUGGGAAUACGCACGCCGUCGCGGUUCAAUAUAUGGCACGGUCGUUGGACUUCAGCCCGCUGCCAUGAAGCGAAGUACAACGAGCACAGGCGAGAUGCCCAACGACCAAGAAAAAUUCGCCCACGGCGGUGACGAGAAGCGUAGUGGUCAGCGUUCUACAACGCCUGGUGUUGACAAGGAGCAUAUCUCGUCCGCUUCCCCUCCCACUGCUGUGAAUAGUCCAGAUUUUGAUCCACCACGGUCAACGACACCUUUCUCCCUGUCUGGGCGGACACCGACCCUUUUCAAUCUCAAACGCGCAUCACGUGCGCCAACGGUCAUCCCACGUUCCGCUGCGAUUACUCGUAUGGAUCUCAUCACGUCUGCUGAGCGCAUCUUCUUCCGGUACCUCUCUCCCUCAGGCACCGUAAAUUCUCCUGAAAAUCAUGAAAUAUACCUCCCUCCCGCCCUCCGUAUACACACAUUUCCCCUUAGUAGCACUCAAGAGCCGAAAUCACAGAGCGACCUGAACAUGAUGGCACAUAUUCCUGAUAUGUUCCACGCCCAGAAGGAGUACUGUUUCAGGGCAAUGGAACAAGACGCGUUUCCGCGUUUCCUGAGGAGUAAAGCAUUUGGAAAUCUCACACCUGUGUCCGCAUUGGCCCGACUUGUUGUCGGUCUCAUUGUGCUGUGGAUUGGGCUUGCCGCCGCCUUCGCCCUAAUAUUCCUCGAUGUACAACCAAAAUCCAAGCGAUUUUUCCUCUUCAUUCCUUUCACGUUUGCGAUUUUAUUCCUUAUCUCCCAUCAAUACGAACUCGAUCCGAUCCUUGUGUUCCUCGGGCAGUCAGAGUCAACCCCGUUCCGCACGCUCACUAUCCGCGAGCCAUAUGUGAAGAAAUUGCUAUUGGGUCGUGCUAUUUGGGUUACAACUCUUGUCGCCAUUUGCGUCGUAGCGCUCACACUCAUUUUCUGGGCUGUCCCUGGACAUCGCCUAUAGCGAUUGGAUCGAGCAAAGAGCUGCUGCGUCUCUGUACUUGUUGGAUGGGCCCAUGUGGGAAGGGUACUCAAUGUAUGACGCUCAUGAAGGAGAGCGAGCCGAUCGAUAUUGUUGAUUUUACGCUUGGGUGACAAAUGACUUUGAUAAGCACUAUUAUCUUCAGUUAUUCGCCUACUCCCUCUUGCACCUUGGUCUACUCUACCUCCUAAUCUUUUGCAUUCUGUGUUUCGCUAUCAUUUUACCUCGCAUACCCCGCCAGUUCACCUCCAUCCUCGCUGUGCUGUGCUGUUCUUUUGUUUCACUCGUUUCCCUGAAUCCUUUAUGACCUUUUUAUACGUACGUACAUGGUAGGACGUUAGGAAGUUAGACUCAUAUCUUUAAUGUACAUGUUCUGGUUACGC